GGUUCUCAUCCUUAAAGCAGCUAUUUAGUGUUGUGAACAUUAUUAAAAACCUGGCAUAGCCCGUGCCCUGCUCGCUCUCUGUCAAAAUCUAAAAGGAGGAGGAGUUAAUGAGCUUUGAGCAGAGACACUGACGUGGGAUUAUUUGGGAUGGAGCAGAGAUUACAGACCUCGUCCCCUCAAGUGGCUUAUGGUGAACAACGCGAGCGACGCAGUGAAACCUGCGAGAGGCCUGACUCAGAUCCUGACUGCGGUGCUGUGUGAGAUGGAGCCCUUCAUCAGGAGAGGUCUCAGAGGAGCUGACCUCCAGCCCAGCCUGCUUAAUGCCCCCUGCCUCCAGUCUCUGCUGAAGGUGUAUGAGAUCCUUCAGCAGCACACAUGGAGUAGCCCAUUGCCACAGCUGCUUCAUGCCUCCACACUCUCCCAGCAGACGAUGACAGACCUUCGAGGCCUGACAGCGCCCUCUUCUGACGCUAAGGAGCUCUGCGGCCUGCUGGCUGGCCCCGGUCUGCAGGCACUACUGUUCUCCCACGACAUGGUGGCCCAGAAGAAAUAUGCCCCCGUACUGCCCCCAGUGCCCGAUGACCUGCCCACCAAUGAAGAGGCCAUGAGGAUCGUACGAAUGGUCAAGAACCACCAGCCCUUGGGGGCGACGAUAAGGAGGGAUGAGGUGACAGGGGAGAUCUUCGUGGCCAGGGUGAUCCAUGGAGGACUUGCCAGUCGAAGCGGUCUGCUGAACCCAGGCGACAGACUGAUGGAGGUGAACCAGCAGCCCGUGAGGGGAAUGAGCCCGGAGGAGAUCAUACGGAUCCUGGCCAGCUGCCAAGGUACAGUCAUGUUUAAACUAGUUCCCAAGAUAGACAAACCAGGCAACCAGCAAGCCACGCUGUUUGUGCAGGCGAUGGUGGACUACACCCCCCAGCAGGACCCUGCCAUCCCCUGCGCCGAAGCCGGCAUACAGUUCUGCAGGGGUGAUGUGCUGGAAGUUGUCGACCAGACAGACGCCCUCUGGUGGCAGGCAAGGAAACUGCCAGGAGCACCAGGCUGUGCCGGCCUCAUCCCCUCCAUUGGUCAGCUAACGAGGAAGCAGAAGGAGACCUGUUGGUCGCAGUCUUUGCGAGCGCUGAGCUGGUUCAGCAGCUUGAACUUUGUCGACGAUGGUGAGUAUGACCAUAUUAACUGGGAUUCUAGUACAGGUGCCCCCGCUAGGAAGAGAAUGGUAUUGCACCUACUGCACAUACGAAUCACACCGCUUAUUCAUAACUGUGUUUAUAGAGACUCUGCAAUCCGCUAUCAGCUUCCAUCCUCCAGCAUGCUUUCCUGGACCAUUUUGUCCUACUGGUGGGGGGGGGGGGGGUUCAGUCGGACAGCCCUGCAUGACUGCAUAUCUUCUAAGUAUGCCAAUUGUUGCAUUUCAUGCGUGCCGACGGACUGGGCUACCCCAGCGGGUUUCCGCCGCAGCCAGCGUCUAUGUCGGAGGAAGGCCCGCGGCUGUGUCCAUCAUUCUCGCUCCCCCUUCCCCCCCCGGAGCAUCUCCAGUGCUCCGACUCCCCCAUACAUAGAGGUAGUGCGGUAUCAGCGCCACCUGCAGGACAGGCACCGCCUCAUCGCUCUCGUGGGUCCUUCUGGCGUUGGGGUCAAUGAGCUUAGAAGAAGGCUGAUCGAAACCCAGCCCAAGACUUUCCGAGGGCCAGUGCCACACACGACGCGGCCGCCAAAGAACUACGAGGAGCCUGGCCAGGAGUAUCACUUCAUCAGCAGAAGCCAGUUUGACGGCAUGGUGGACAGCCAGAGAUUUCUGGAAUACGGGCACCACAAAGGCCACCUCUAUGGCACCAGCUUUGACGCCAUUGCAGACGUUCUGGACAGGGGGAUGGUUUGUGUCGUCGACAUUGAUCCACAGGCGAUCCAGCUGGUGAAGACCCAAGAGCUCUGGGGGUAUGUUGUGUUCGUCAAACCGCCCAGCGUCGUCUCCCUCAGGCAAACGAGGAAGAAUGCACAAGUGCUCACCAGUUACUAUGUUAACCGCCCAUUCAAGGAUGAAGAUUUCCAGGAGAUGGUGGACAUGGGAAGGAAGAUGGAGGUUCAGUACGGACAUCUGUUUGACUAUGUGCUGGUUAACGACAGACUGCUGGACGCCUGCAUGGAGCUGCUCUCGGCUGUGCGGAGGGCCCAGGAUGAGCCCCAGUGGGUACCUGCUCUCUGGGUGUCAUCCGCUGACCGGCCCUGAGGGAAACCAUGGCGAUAAGAAGGGGGGGGGGGGGGGGGCAUCGGAGGACAUGGACAAAGAGGACAAAAUGUGAGGCAAAAUGGCAGCUUUGCAGAGGACGGAUUGUAACAUGGUUUAUUUCUGUGUGGGGGGUCAAAACGAAGUGUGAAAGUGACAAAAGGGAGGAUGAAUGGAAGAGUGGAGGGUGGAAGAAGCUAAAGGAGAUUUUAGGAGCAUAACACUCAGGAUGGAUGGUCUCACCUGGGCAGAAAGCAUAAAGCGCAUACAGAAUGGGGAAAUGGAAAAAUACAAUAUCCAUCCAUCCAUCCCUUAUAUCCCAUAUUUCCUAUGCAGGGUUGUGGGCAUUCGGAGUCUAUCCCAAAAACUGGCAUGACACUCACACUUUCAGACUCUCAUGCCCACGCAAGAAAUCUUCCGGCAAACUAUAUUAAUCCAUUAUAAAUCUAAAAUUAGCUAGAUGAAAAGUUUUGGGGUAGUUUGCAAACCCUACAGACUAUUUACAAGGUAAUAAAACUCUUACAUACA